CCUAAGGCUUAUUGUUUACAUCCAUCAUUGCUUGCCAUUUGUGCCAGUUUGUUCCUUCACCUCGACAGCGCUGCAGAGUUGUAGAAACCGAAUCAAAGGCAGGGAAAGCAUCAUCUCGCUACAGGCUCGACUUUUUCCAUUUCACCUUGAAAGUGAUCUCACCGUCUAUUCUGCAGAGAUCACAUCAGAGGGGAAUACUUGUGGAUUUUUUUUUUUACAGCCAAAUAGUUCUUCUUUAGAUCUUCCAAAAACUAACUGCAACCAUUCCACCUCCUUCAGUCAUGUACAACUCCAGCUACUCUCGGGCCAAGUUUGGCCCAGAGGUAAGGUCCCUGAAGAAGUCCAAAGGGAAGAGCUGCGGCUACUACGUGAAGGUCGUCUUCAUCUUGUCUUCUCUCAUCCAGUCGCUCAUCAUUGUCAGCUUGGUGCUUUUUGUCAUCUAUGGACAGCCAGAGAAAAGUGCAGUAGAGAAAAGGGUUAAGGAACUGGAGCUGGUUUUCAAUAAGCUGAGUGUGAAAAACAUGGAACUGAGGAAAGAGAAAACUGGGCUGGAAACUCAGCUGAAAGCUCGCGCUGAGGAGAAAGCUGCUCUGGAGAAAGAGAUGACAAAGCAGAAGGCUGACGCCAACAAAACAGUAGAUGAGUGGAAGAGAAAAUAUACUUUCUGUAGCUUGUCAACACGUUGCCCCCCCCCUCCGGUCCAGUCCCCUCUUGUGGUCACUAGAAGCAACCCCAACAGUGAACUGACUACUCUGAAGACCCGCAGUGCCAGACAGGACGCUAUGAUAAACUUACUCACUUCAAACUUCACCCAGACGGUUCGGACUUUGAGGGAUGAGAGAGACAACGCCCUCAGAGACCGAGCGCAGUUCUACGAGGAUGUCAUCAAGCUGCGAGGCGACAACACUAUUUGCAAGGAGCAGCUCAUCACGUACACCAGGAAGUGCAAAGAGGACUUUGCAAAGUCUUUAGAAGGGAUCACGGCAGUGACCAGGGAAUUCCUGAAACGGAUUAACAACCUGUUUCCUAACCAGAUGACCUUUCAUCUCACCUGCAAAAGCCAACUCGAGCAAAUGGAGAAGAUAAAAAGCAGCUGCACAAACCUGUCCAGAGACGUGGAGAAUAAGUUCCAGAUGUAUCUAGACAACGUGGGCAGACUGGUGUCUGAAAUUCAAGGAAAUUCCAGCCGACUGGAAGUGGAAAACAGACACUUACUCUCCAACUUCCAGGAGUGUCAACGCAGGCGCUCUGAGUUUGCUGAGAAAACUGCCAAGGAGUUUGACCUCUUGCAAAGGAGUCACGAUGAUAAGGUUGAGAAAUUACUGCUGGAGCAGAAACAACUGAGAGCACAACCGUGCAAUAUUAAGCCCGGCAGUGCUAAUCCUGUAGGCUUUCAGGCAACCUCUCAGCAGGGCAGACAGACUGCAGCUAACUGGACUUCUUUUGCAGGACCUGGCAUCAGUAAAACUCCAACGGGGAAAUGAAACAAAACGUCCAUCCUGAGGGUCGUAGAGAAUGGAGAGACCAAAUCCAGCUCACAUGGUGCUCAAGACUUUCCUUAGAGGACAUGUAUAUAUACUCCUCCUAGUGCAACACAUUUUAACAAAGCACAAUAUGUAGAUAAUUUGCCUACAUAUUAAACUACAUAGAUUUGUUCUUGUUUAGCUGCACCUGUAAGUAAUCAUGUGUUUUUUUAACUUCUGCUGUGAAAAGCCUCAGUAUGUUUAUACCCAGGUGAAUGUAAAAAACAAAAAGUUUCAGGACAAAGGUGUAAAUAUUUCCUCUUGUGUGUGUCUCUCACUGCUGUUUGUGUAGGUAGGAAAACUGACACUUUUCUUUGCCAUGAAAUUAUAAAAGUAAAAGAACCAAAAACUAACUCAGUCUUAGCAGUAUUUUUCUCUUUUGUCCUGCUGACAUUUAAAGUCUAACAAAACCUCAGACGAGGACUUCAGGCAGCAGCUGCUCAUUUGUCUGCAAUAAACAGACUACUCUUAAAAUAGCAGUGUUUAAAUUUCCCAGUGGUUCGCAUGCCACGAACAUCACAUGAAAUGUUAAUGUAGCCCGGAUGACAAUACAGAAGUCCAUUAAGUCAUAAACACAUCGUCACGUCAGCAGAGUCGCUAGAAGUCGUAGUCGUGGAUGUCAAAAGGAAGAAUCGUGCGGCGCGAAUUCGACUGAAAAUAUUCGUUUCUAUGAUCGGCUAAAAAAAGAAAGAAAAACAACCCCAAAAAAGCUGAGAAUCUACUAACUGCCCUUUUUUUUAUGGUCCAUUUUACAAGUAUGGUGUUAUUAUGUGAUCUGUUCUCGGGCUUUACUGCUUCCUUUUCUGUUCAUAAGCACAAGUCAACCAGCACGUACAGUCUGUGUCAGGAAGCAGACGUCUGUCUGUGUGAUUGUUAUGGAUCCAGUUGGACAUAGAAGAUGAUACUGGUAAAAUAACACAAAUGAUGAAAAGUUGUAUGACUUAAAAUACUUUCAGCUUCUGAUGGGAAGACUGCCUCAUCGCUAUUUAUGUAAAUACUGUAUAUUUAAUAAAAGGACACAAAAUCA